AUGUCGGCCAGGCAGACAGGAAUAGUGGCAGCAAAUGCGAGACGACUGCAAACACAUCACCAGCAGCAACAACAGCAACGGCAACAACACCGCUCCGAGACCUCGGUGGCUGUAGCUCCCUUACCUAGCACUAGUACUACUUCUUCUCCUUCCCCAUCUUCAAGUCUCCAUCGCCCUCCUCCUCCCUCUUCAUCCUCAACUUCUCGCCAUCCGCCGCCUCACUCCCCCAGAGGCCCGCUAACGAGAAAGCGAGCGGCCUCGAUCAACACGGACGAGGCCAACCACCCGCUGAUCGAGAGCCUGAGCCUCAACACGCCCAUCGACUUUGCAGGGAGCAGGAGCAGCCCGCGGCCGCUGGAGCCGGCGAGGGCAGACCUUAUAUGCCUCUGUACUCCGGCUCCCAAGAUCCCCCGGCCACGAAACGCAUUCAUCCUCUACCGACAACACCACCAAGCGCAGGUGGUGGCGCAGAAUCCGGGGCUAGCCAACCCAGAAAUCUCAAAGAUCAUCGGCGAGCAGUGGCGCGACGAGCCCGAGGAGCGCAAGAACCAGUGGAAGCGGCUGGCCGAG